UGAUUCUUAUCUAGUAUUUAAUUUUGUUAUGGCCAUAAAGGAUGUACUUUUGAAACAAACUCUCUUUCACAGCAAUUGUAAAUGUGGGUCUGUUUUGUCCUUUACAGAUGCCUAUAUUUUCAUGAGGGUAGGCAAGAAAAAAAGAGUGAAUAGUUCUUGGCAGAUACUUUUUGUAAGGUAAAUACUGUGGAGGUGUCUAGAAAUUUGUCUUAAAGCACUGUAAACACUUCAGUGUCUAUAGUUCUCAUUCUUUGUUGGUUGUAGUAAUAAUUUUAAUUUAUUGUUCUAAUGCUCUUCUGUACUCUGUUAUUCCUAUAAUGAAAUAGGAGUCUGAAUUUUAGUAACACUGGGCAUAUUGAGGUGGCUACCUACCACCUUUUCUGGUAAAGCAUUAGUAAAUGUUGAGAAUAUUAAAUAAUUUUAAAUGUGCUUGUACGCAUUUCACUUGAGACAUCAAGUUCUUGAACAUCUCAAGGGGCAGUCUGAGUUUUAAUGAGAUUUUAUAUGGCUUCAAGACUGUAAAGGCUUAUAGCCUUUUCUUACUUGUGUUUUUUGUAUAAUAGAUUCCUUAUUCUAAACCAUCCCAUGAUAUAUAGUCACGUGGAGAACAGAUGCUGAAUUCUGCCCUUUUUUAAAUGCCAUGCUCUGAAACUCUGGUGGUUUCUCCUUUUCACUUAGAAAUAAUGAUAAAACAACCAACAUAGGACCAUGACAUGAGCUUCCUGGCCUUUAUUUCUCCAUUUUAUGUACCUGAAAGAGUUAUUAAAAUUUUAUUUCUGGUUUUCAUUCAUGGGUGCUGAAAAUAUAUAGCAUAUAUUACAUAUUCCAAAGUUUCUUUGAUUGUGGCUGAAAGAAAUAUAAAUCUCUGCUUAGCUGGUAAGUAAUUUCUGCCUUAAUUGUAGUGCUAUAGGAACAAUGAAGCUUAAAAUUCUGUUUUGAACAAAUUUCAGAUUUAAUGGAGGAACAGUGGACAGCAAAAUGAUGUAUUAUAACUUACGUGUAUAAGGUUUGACCUGUGAUAGGUCUUGUCAAAGCCAUGAAACUUAGAGCUGCAUAAAAAUACGUAUAAGCUUACUGAAGUAAUUGCAUCUAUGGAGUUUCUAAAACGGAUCCAUUGGUGACAGAGUACACUUGGAGUUCUUACCCCACCCUUACCAGGGUUUGGUCCUUCCACAAGUAGCUCUGUGCUCCUCUUUCUUACUUUUUCUCCGCAGGUGAGUGGCCUGCUGUCUUAAUUUCCUUAUUUCAUUUCAGCACAGGCACAAUCAAAUCAUCCCAACUGGUGACCCUUCUGACAAGCAACUGCAGAAAGGAAGAUUUUUAAUCCACUCUAAAACUGACACAUGUCCCAUAUGGUUAUUUUGGGUUUUCUGAGUUGCAGGGUAGUGUAAAUAUUUACACAAUUCUGAAAAAACACUGCUAGGAAAAGUUCUUAAGAAAAUAUCUCAUUAUUUUGGGAUCACCCUGUGCUUAAAGUAGCAGAAAUUUUUAUUCCUAGAGGUUCCAUCUUGGUGACUUUUUUCCAUUCAGAUCCAUAAAUCAUCCCAUAACUCUUCAAUGAACCCUUACCAGGUAAGACCAGCCUAAGUAACAAGAGUCUUUCCCCACCAGUAUACACUGGCAUCACUCAUUUACUGUAGCUCCAAUUAAUGGUAGUAGAAGUUACACUUGUAAAUUCCCCCACGCAUUAAUGAGUGAACAGACCCCCUCUGUUUAGUUAACCAUCUUCCAGUUACCUGGCACUUUCCCCAUCCCUUGUGAGAUCUCAAAUAUUUAAUUAAAGCCUUUCCUUUUUUUUUCCUUUUUCUUUUUUUUCCUCCCCCCACUCUCCUUCAUUCAGUUUGUUGAGUUGUAAUUCUUGUUGGCCUGAUGCCUUGGCAACAUUCAGCACUUCUAAUUGCCUGUAUAGUCUGGCCUAGUCAUGGAGCCUUUUAACUUUCAUUCAGGCUUCCAGCAGUAUCAGCCUCACUGGUCACAAGCUUCCCACUCAGGUUCCGUUCACAGCCCUUUUGCUGAUUACUUGUUAUGUAUUUAAAGAGCUCCAUACUGUUUAUUUCAUUUCCUGUUUGAGAUAGUCUGUUUGCUUAAUUUUUUUCUAUGCUAAUUUAAUUUUAAACAUAUAGGGCUGUCUUCCUGGUCAAACAAGCCAGAAUUUUGCAUCCAUAUGCUACAUUAAAUAAUAAUAAAACAACAAAUAAUAGUCAAUGCUUUCUACUUCUAUAAUGUCUACCAUUCAAUGAUCUCAUAGCAUUCUUAUUUUACAAGUGGUAAAAUGGUGUCAAGAGACAUGAACUACUUGUUAAACAAUAUGUAUGACAUCUGUUACAGAGCCAGACACAGGAUUGAAUAGUUUGGUUUUCACUAAUAGCAGUUAGUCUAAAAAUUGCAAUAUGCUAUAGGAAUUAUUAGGUUAAAAUGUGCUUCAAGAGAGUGGGCUGUACCCUGGUGGAGACAUGUAGAGACUUUUGUUCUCAGAAUAUCAUCUUUAUUGGCAUAUAAGGUGCAGAAGGGACAGGAAAAUCCAAUGGAUAUUCAUGUGGACUCUGUAAAGGUUAGUAACCUGUGUAAUUUUAAUUCAUGUUGAUUUUAGAGGCACUAUUAUUAAUCACAAAUAGCCUGGUGCAUUUUUUGUUUCAUUUUGUUGUCUGUGUGAAGAUCUAGCAUUCCCGAUUCCCUUUGAUUUCAGCAAACCUCUGGCUUACUAUGGCUACAAUAACUCAUUUAUGUCUCUGCAGACAUAAUAUGCUAAUGUUAUGACAUACGAUAAUAUUUUCUGGAUGUGUUCUUUUUCAGUGUAAAACAGCACACACAGAUAAAUUGAAAAUGGUCCCUAUAAUUCUUGGUUUUUAAGGCUGCUCAUGCCCAGCACCUGAUUGUGGCUCUGUGCUGUGAACGCAGCUAGGAUCUCAUCCAUGGCCAAGGUCAAAUUCCUUUGGUCGCUCUGCAGGAGUCAAUAGCUGAUUUAAUGCCUGCACUCUGCUUUCAGAAAGUGCAUGCUCAUAUUUAUUGUUACUGUGUACUUAAAGGAAGAUAUUACAUGUGUGUGUUCUUCUUCCCAAGGUCAGAAUGCAAGGGCAAAGAAGAACCAACACAAUUGCAUUGGUAGCAAGGGUAAAAUUCAAGAUACAAGGUUCAAGAUCAGGUGUUCUGGUGAAGAUAAGUUUUUGCUCAGAAGCAUUGAGGCUACAGAUGAGAUCAAAUGAAGGAUCAACAUCCGCCUUCUUUCUAAAAUUCGUUGUUUUCUACAAGUUAGUUAAGUAUCACACCUCUUCGAAUUGAGCUACUGGAUGCCCUGGUGGAGCUCCCUGCAGUUGUGGCAUUUGAACACUGAGUGGCACUAAAGCCCACGGCACCGGCAAUGCAAGAUGGGGAAGCUGAGGCACAGAGAUUAAGUGACUUUUCCAAGGCCACACAGCAAGUCAGUAGCAGAUCCAGGAUUAGCGCUCGGGGACUUCCUGGAUCCCUCUUCCAUGCUUUAAGCAGUAGACCACAGUGUUCACUGGACUCAGCAAGCAACUCAUUGCAAUAAUGGACAGUUCCAAGGACUUGCACAUGAGAAAUGAUGAAGAGGCUGUUGUGGAUAGAGGUGGAACUCGCUCCAUUCUCAAGACACAUUUUGAAAAGGAAGAUCUAGAAGGCCAUCGAACAUUGUUCAUUGGGGUUCACGUGCCACUGGGUGGAAGAAAAAGUCACCGGCGCCAUCGGCACCGCGGGCAUAAACACAGAAAGAGAGACAGAGAGCGAGAUUCGGGAUUAGAAGAUGGGAGAGAAUCUCCUCCUUUUGAUACCCCAUCACAAAGGGUGCAGUUUAUUCUUGGAACAGAAGAUGAUGAUGAGGAACACAUUCCUCAUGAUCUAUUUACUGAGCUUGAUGAAAUCUGUUGGCGUGAAGGAGAGGAUGCAGAGUGGAGGGAGACAGCAAGGUGGUUGAAGUUUGAAGAAGAUGUAGAGGAUGGUGGAGAGAGGUGGAGCAAACCCUAUGUUGCCACACUGUCACUUCAUAGCUUGUUUGAGCUGAGGAGCUGCAUCCUGAAUGGCACAGUUCUUUUGGACAUGAGAGCUAACUCCAUAGAAGAAAUUGCAGAUAUGAUUCUGGACCAGCAGGUGGGUUCUGGGCAGCUCAGUGAGGAUGUUCGUCACCGGGUGCAUGAGGCUUUACUGAAACAGCAUCACCAUCAGAACCAGAAGAAGCUGAGCAACAGGAUCCCAAUUGUAAGAUCCUUUGCUGAUAUUGGAAAGAAGCAGUCUGAGCCCCAUUCCAUGGAUAAAAAUGCAGGUCAGGUUGUUUCCCCACAGGCUACUCCAGCCUGUAUUGAAAACAAAAAUGAUGUGAGCAGAGAAAACAGCACUGUUGACUUUAGCAAGGUUGAUCUACACUUCAUGAAAAAGAUACCACCUGGAGCUGAAGCAUCAAACAUCUUAGUUGGUGAACUGGAGUUCCUGGACCGUGCUGUUGUGGCUUUUGUUAGGUUGUCUCCUGCAGUGCUGCUUACAGGACUGGCUGAAGUUCCAAUUCCAACCAGAUUUUUGUUUAUUCUUCUUGGACCGCUGGGUAAAGGACAACAAUACCAUGAGAUUGGAAGAUCAAUUGCCACACUAAUGACAGAUGAGGUGUUCCAUGAUGUUGCUUACAAAGCAAAAGACCGCAAUGACUUGGUGUCUGGAAUUGAUGAGUUUCUUGAUCAGGUUACUGUUCUCCCUCCUGGAGAGUGGGACCCAACAAUUCGAAUAGAACCACCUAAAAAUGUUCCCUCUCAGGAGAAGCGUAAGAUCCCAGGAGUGCCAAAUGGAACUGCAGCCCACGGGGAAGCAGAACAUCCUGGGGGACACUCUGGACCAGAAUUGCAACGCACUGGAAAAUUUUUUGGAGGAUUAAUUUUAGAUAUCAAAAGAAAAGCUCCCUUCUUCUGGAGUGACUUCAGGGAUGCUCUCAGUCUGCAAUGUCUGGCAUCAUUUUUGUUUCUCUACUGUGCUUGCAUGUCUCCUGUCAUCACAUUUGGUGGUCUGCUGGGAGAAGCAACUGAAGGUCGUAUAAGUGCAAUAGAAUCGCUGUUUGGAGCAUCCAUGACUGGAAUUGCCUACUCUCUUUUUGGUGGACAGCCUCUCACUAUACUUGGCAGCACAGGACCAGUUUUAGUGUUUGAGAAGAUCCUAUUCAAAUUUUGCAAAGAGUACGGAUUGUCAUACCUUUCUCUGAGAGCCAGCAUUGGGCUGUGGACUGCAAUCCUGUGCAUCAUCCUUGUUGCAACUGAUGCAAGCUCCCUAGUCUGCUACAUUACCCGCUUUACUGAAGAAGCCUUUGCUUCUCUUAUCUGCAUCAUUUUCAUUUAUGAGGCCUUAGAGAAGCUGUUUCAUCUCAGUGAGACGUAUCCAAUCAACAUGCACAAUAAUUUGGAGCUGCUGACAAAGUACUCAUGCAAUUGUGUGGAACCAGAACAUCCUAGCAAUAAAACCUUACAAUACUGGCAAGACUACAAUAUAUCUGCAUCUGAUGUACCAUGGGGGAACCUAACUGUGUCAGAAUGUAAAAAGUUUCAUGGUGAGUUUGUUGGACGAGCCUGUGGACAUCAUGGCCCUUAUGUUCCAGAUGUCCUCUUCUGGUCUGUCAUCUUGUUCUUUUCUACAGUAACGCUCUCGUCCACACUGAAGCAGUUCAAAACCAGCCGAUACUUCCCAACAAAGGUACGCUCUGUUGUCAGCGAUUUUGCUGUCUUUCUCACUAUUUUGUCCAUGGUUUUAAUUGACUAUGCCAUUGGAAUUCCAUCACCAAAACUUCAGGUUCCAAAUGCUUUUAAGCCCACCAGAGAUGAUCGUGGCUGGUUCAUUACUCCUUUGGGGCCUAAUCCUUGGUGGACAGUGAUAGCUGCUGUAAUUCCAGCCCUGCUUUGUACUAUCCUAAUCUUUAUGGACCAGCAGAUCACAGCUGUCAUUAUCAAUAGAAAAGAACACAAACUAAAGAAAGGAUGUGGAUACCACCUCGACCUACUCAUGGUGGCAGUGAUGCUUGGAGUGUGCUCUAUUAUGGGAUUGCCGUGGUUUGUUGCAGCCACUGUCCUCUCUAUUUCCCAUGUGAACAGCUUAAAACUGGAAUCAGAGUGCUCCGCUCCAGGGGAGCAGCCAAAAUUUCUUGGAAUCCGGGAGCAAAGAGUCACAGGGCUCAUGAUUUUUAUCCUUAUGGGCUCAUCUGUCUUUUUGACAAGUAUUCUAAAGUUUAUUCCUAUGCCAGUACUUUAUGGAGUGUUUCUUUACAUGGGUGCUUCAUCUCUAAAGGGAAUUCAGCUUUUUGACAGGAUAAAGUUAUUCUGGAUGCCUGCAAAGCACCAGCCAGAUUUUAUUUAUCUAAGACAUGUUCCUCUUAGAAAGGUCCAUCUCUUCACUAUAAUUCAGCUGAGUUGUCUUGUGCUUCUCUGGAUUAUAAAGGUUUCAAGAGCUGCCAUUGUCUUUCCUAUGAUGGUCCUAGCUUUGGUAUUUGUCCGAAAACUUAUGGAUUUCUUUUUUACCAAGCGGGAGCUCAGUUGGUUAGAUGAUUUGAUGCCUGAGAGCAAGAAAAAGAAACUGGAAGAUGCUGAGAAAGAGGAAGAGCAAAGUAUGUUAGCAAUGGAAGAGGAAGGGACUGUUCAGUUACCACUAGAAGGACAUUACAGAGAUGACCCAUCUGUGAUAAACAUUUCUGAUGAAAUGGCAAAAACUGCUGUGUGGAAGACAUUGUUGAUAUCCUCAGAGAAUGCAAAAGAUAAGGAGUCAAGCUUUCCUUCUAAAAGUGCUGAAAUCAGAAAAGAGAAGAAAGCUGACUCAGGGAAAGGUGUUGACCGGGAGACUUGUCUAUGACUUGCUCUUCAAGUAAUUUUUUUUACAAACAAAUUAAAGGAGUGCCACAACCACUAAAUAUAAAUUAUUUACCUUGUAACUUUUGUCUUUCAUCUCAAACUAGCACAGGUAAUGUAGUGCAAUACUUGUCUCAUUCCACCUUGUCUACCUUGUCUAGUAUCAAUGUAAAUGUCUGCAGUAGCCAAUGCAAAAAAUCUUUGUGUUCGUUGCUGAUCUUGGCCAUUUAUCAGUAGUCGUAUCAGAAAUGUAAUAAGCAAAUUUUCUUUCAAAUUCAACUUUCCUGUUAAUAGGUUUGUACUGUAUUUUGCUACUUUUUCUGUGUGAGAAUACUUAAUAAUCUUGAUUCAGAAUACUUAAUAAUCUUGAUUCAGGAUGAACUUGAAAACCCUUGUUUGUUUUUUUUUUUUUUUUUAAAUCACCUAACUACUAAAUGAUUUCAGAAGACCCAAACUGGCAAGCAAACAUUAAGAAGUUGAUAAAAUAACAACUGAUCUGACCCUGUGAAUAAAUUAACAAGGAUAAUUCUUUCCUCCUUAAACUGUCCUUUUGAAGUCAUGGAUUACUUAUUUUACAAUGUGAAUUGCAGGGUCAGAUUCCAUAUUUGUGAAGUUUUCCUUGAUUUAAUACAGUGUAUUUAAUAUUAAAAUUUGUAUGUAACUGGAACAUAGUCCUAAAUAUAUAUAAAUAUAUAUAUAUAUAAAAUUAUAUAUAUUAAAACAUUUUCUCACCUUAGCUAAAGAACACCACCACAUCCUUUGAUGUGAAACAUGGGUACGGUAUUUCUUAAAAUGCGAUUUGUGAUUAAGGUAUCUUCUCUUGUAUUGUAUGAAUGUUGCCAUGAUAGGCCAAACAAAUGCAUUUUGUCAUUAAUCAAUCCAUUAUUUUAUAAUAGGGAAAAUUUUGUAGAUAAAAACUAUACCCCACAUGCAGUUUUAUCACCUGCCCAAUGAUCUUCCUCUUUAUUGCCUAAAAUUUAGCCACAUAAAGGGCGUAUUUAUAUUGUCUUCUCUCCACUGACAACUGUAAACCUCUUCAUUUCAGAGAUUGUGUAUAAUACUUAAAUGGAUAUCCUGCUGUUGUUUUGUUACAGCUCUUUAUUAUUCCAUCAAGUACAUAUUGAUUAAGAGAUAAAAACAACCUUGAAACGUAAAAUGUCGCUUUAAGGCUAUUACAUUUUUCGUAAUGGAUUUUGUUACUGCCCGAUCCUUCAAGCUGUUCUUUUGUGUAAAGGACUGCGAGAUUAGGUGUUGAGUGAAUAGGAAUGUGGAGCUAAAGUUUUAUCGUGUUAUUUGGAGUUCACUGAUUUUUAAAUUUUUUAAGAUAAAUUUUUAAAUUAUUAAGAUGAAAGCUAACUCUAUUGUGCUGUAACUUUGAAUCCUCAAAAUAAGAAUUGUAGUCUUGCAAUCUUCGUAAGAACUCAUUCAUAGGGCUCUAACAUUCCCCAGCUUUCCCAAAUAAGCUAAUUUUCUAUACAACUUGUGAACAAGUUUUCCCAUUCAGCACAUUUAAAGUAUUCCAAUGUUUUUGUGUAUGUGAGUGCGUAUGUUUUAAUACUUUAGCCAUAAAUAAUUGCAUUUUGCUGCAAACUUAAUAGGGUCACUGUUCUAAAUUUACCUUAGCAUUAUCAAAGCCCAUUAAAAGCCAUUUUUAUGGAGAAAAAAAAAAUCUAAUGGACACGAAGAAGGAUUCACAUCUAAUUCAAUGUUUGUAUAUGUAAAUUUAGGAAAAAAAUGCUGAUGCAUUAAGGUUAAAUGCUUUGUUUUGUGUACUUGAUGAUAAAUUGUAAGAUUCCAAUUGUUUUAAGGUUAGUAUAGAAGCUCAAUACUGGUUUGUCCUGAAAGCAGCCUGAUGGUGUUUUAACAUGUUGCUGACUUUGUUACAGAUAAUGUAUACAAUCAAAAUGUAUUAGCUUCACUUGACCAACUCUUAGAAUAUUAAGAAAUCAGUGUAUUCAAUGGCAUUCUGUAUUUCUGUUCAGUAUUUCAGAGUGGUUUUAUUUUAAAACACUCUGGUUUUGCGUGAAUUUAAGUGCUUUUCCAAUGUUAAUCUUAACAUUCUGAAAUCAAACACAAUAUAAAGCAGAUGUAGUGCUAUAUUUACUUCUAAUUUCAUAUUCCUGGUCAAAAUUACUUAAUUUCUUGGAUGUAAUUUAUUACAAAAGUUUAUGUGUACAUGUGAAUAGACUAUUGUGUUUUUCACAAUUAAGAAAUGUUAUGUGAAAAUAAAUAUUUAUCCUAACUAA